UUUGUAACAAUGAGACUACUCGUCAUAGAUAAGUAUAAUUGGCGUGAACUCAAAACUGUUUUGGUUUGUUCUUAUCAGCUGUUUUGAUUUAUAAUAAGUGCACAUAGAACUUAAUUGGACGCAAGAUGUGGUACCGGAUUUUGGUUGGCUGUACCCUUCUAACACUAACUGUUGGUCAGAAUGCAAAAACGAGCACACUUUCGUUAAAUUGUGCAACCCCUGCCAAACCAGGAUCGUGCACGUUAAGAUCGCUGAAAGUACAGCUCGGUGACAUUUUUGUUCCCAGCAGAGAGGCUUCCGUUCCUGCAAAAUAUGUGGUUAUUGAAAACUCCAAGUUAGAGUUUCUACCGGAGGAGCUUCUGAAUCAAUUUCCGCAGUUGGAUGAAUUACGCACGGUUGAUGUAGGCUUGAAAAAACUACUCCCAUCCACAUUCGCUAAAUCAUUGCAGCUGAGGCGUUUGGAUGCUUCCUCUAAUUUAAUUCAAUCUAUACCGACAAAUGUGUAUGGCUCGUGUAUGAGCUUGGAAGAACUGAACGUGGCCAACAAUAAGCUUCAUUUAUUCAGUGGAAUUGAACUAAUUGGUUGCAGUAAACUUCGUCAGCUGAAUGUUUCUUCGAACCAGUUGAUUGAUUUUAGCUGGGAUGCUGUAAGCAAUCUGCGAUCACUUCAGAUUGUGGAUUUAAGUUAUAAUUUAAUUCCCACUUUAACGAUUACAAAAUUCGUCAAGAACAUCUACGCUUCCAACAACCACAUUCACACGCUGGAAACUGACGACAACUCAUUCAUUUUUGCUCUAGAACAGUUGCAUCUAGCCAAAAAUCGCCUCAGGAACGUCGAUGUCUUGGCCCGUUUCGGAAAGAUGACCUACAUUGACCUUUCCUACAAUCGGCUGUUGAGUGUUGACUUUGCACUGUUCAAGAACAUGCGAUCACUGCAGACUUUGAAUUUGGCUUAUAACAACAUUUUCACUGUUACUACUUCGGAGCUUAAGCCGUUAAGCCUUCAAUUGGUAGAUUUGUCACAUAACGAGCUGACAAACUUAAAGGCUGUUGACACUGCUGGGAUUGGAUCAGUGGAAACUCUUCAUUUGGACGGGAACUAUCUUGUAAGCUUUGAAUUGGCCAAAGGUGCCACCAAUUUUCAAAGGCUUCGAGCCGUAUCGCUUGACGGAAAUGAUUGGAUAUGCAAAGAUCUGGACGAUAUUCUUAUGCAGCUUAAAACUAAGAAAGUCACUAUAACCCCUGGUGGUAAGUCAACUUGUGGAUCGUAUCAGGUGGUAAGAAAUGGAUUUUGUUGCCGCGAUUUGGGAGUAUCUUUUGAGGAGGUGGUAUUGUUGAAAUCUGAAAAACUUGCUGAGAUUCAGCAGAGCGCUACAACCCCAAGAAGUUUAGCAACAUCAACUGUGAGGCCUUUACAAGCUGCUGUAACACAGAGAGUUAACACAGCUACAACAAAACCACCUACGAGAGUCGAUCAUAUUUCUGGCGAGAAGAAACAGAAUCAAAUAGCUUUGCUGGAAUCUCAAAUAACGAUUUUGAAUGAAGAAAAUCGAACGCUAAAAGCGUCCUUAGCCAGAAUGCAGCAAGAGCUGGCUGCUGUGUCUGAAAAGUUGAACCGCUGCAAAUCAUCAACCAAUCAACGCUCUGGAAAAACAGUUCUCAUUGAUUAA